GAGCGGAGGGGCGGGGAGGAGCGCGCAGUCAGCGCGCCGCUGGCGGGGCGGAAAGUUUUCCUGACGGAGUUUUGGCGGCUGCUGAGCGGGCCAUGGACGCGCUCAAGUCCGCUGGGCGGGCGCUGAUCCGGAGUCCCAGCUUGGCUAAGCAGAGCUGGGGGGGCGGCGGCCGGCACCGCAAACUGCCAGAGAACUGGACGGAUACCCGAGAGACACUGCUCGAGGGCAUGCUCUUUACCCUCAAGUACCUGGGCAUGACACUAGUGGAGCGGCCCAAGGGCGAGGAGCUGUCCGCAGCUGCUGUCAAGAGGAUCGUGGCCACGGCCAAGGCCAGUGGGAAGAAGCUGCAGAAGGUAACUCUCAAAGUGUCACCUCGGGGAAUUAUCCUGACCGACCACGUCACCAACCAGCUCAUUGAGAAUGUGUCCAUUUACAGGAUCUCCUACUGCACAGCAGACAAGAUGCAUGACAAGGUGUUCGCAUACAUUGCCCAGAGCCAGCACAGCGAGAAUCUCGAGUGCCACGCUUUCUUCUGUACCAAGCGGAAAAUGGCGCAGGCUGUCACCCUUACUGUGGCCCAGGCCUUCAAAGUUGCCUUUGAGUUCUGGCAGGCGGCCAAGGAAGAGAAAGAAAAGAGAGAAAAAGCCAGCCAAGAGGGAGGGGACGCACUGGGGACCUGCCAUGACAACACACCCUCCUCGAAAAACUUGGUCGCCACUGGGGACCUACUGGACUUGGAAGAAGCCACCAAGGCCCCGCUGUCCACAGUCAGUGCUAAUGCCUCUAACCUGGAUGAAGCACUGAGGCCCCAAGCCUUGAGCAGCAGCAGUGUCAUCUGGGAGCUGGACGAUGGCCUGGAUGAAGCAUUUUCUAGGCUGGCACAGUCAAGGACGAACCCCCAGGUCCUAGACACUGGACUGUCAACACAGGACAUCCAUUAUGCCCAGUGCCUCUCUCCUGUUGACUGGAACAAGCCCGAGAGCAGUGGCACUGACCAGGAUGACCUCUUCGGCUUCUGAGGCCUGGGGCCAGAAGGAAGCAACCAGCCCUGAUACGUGACCAACCAAAGCUACCUGUAGUGGGGGAACCAGCGCCAAGACCUACCAGCUGCCCUUUCUGGCCCACAUUAACGUCAGCCUGCAGAUCAGAGCUGCAGCCAGUCAGCCAAGGGGAAGGAGAGAGACUUUUUUUAACCUGCUCUUUCUCUGCAAACUGAAAGAAGCCUUGAAUAUUUAUUCAGCAACUCCUGGUCUAUGGUUGGAAGCCAGUUUUGCAUCAGGCACAUAACGGAUGCAGUGCUGUGACUGGCUUUGUGAUCUUUCUUGAGUAGCUCUGCUCUCUGUGAGUGUCCGGACAGUGACCAAAGCAUUUUUUUGUCCCUCCUUUUUAAAAACCUGGAUUUCCAGAGGGACAUCCCCACUCCUUACAGAAAGCAACCAGAAUUCUUCAUCUGUGCUCAGGAGGAGACUGCCACUUCCAGAGAGGAUAGGGGCCUCAGGCUUGCCUUCUUUAGGGUCCAGCGGGCCUGGGCUCAAGCCCUAGCCCCAGAGCUCUCGGGAGGCAGCUCCUGACCAAAGAUAACACACAGCUUGGCACUUUAAAACAUACAGUAGAUGUGGCCCCAGGGGUUCAUCCAGGUGCUGCAUUGAAUAGAGCUUUCUUCCUGCCUUUCCUUCCUGAGAGGGGCCCACAGUCUCUUUGUUGGUACCCACCUGUGCUGGGGCCCAGAGUGACUGGCUGCCUGUGACUUCCAGAGUCUGACUGUGACUGGGGGGAGCAGCUCUCUAUGACUGCCCCCUUCCUGGGAUGAGGCUGUGCCUGCUCUUCUGUUUUGUGUGUGUCCACGUGAGUGCCCCUGUGUCCCAUCUCCCCAUACUUCUGGGUGAUGUGUGAAAACUAGCAUCUAGAUUCCUGUAGGAACAUUUUGCAGCCAUUUUACAGAUGAGACGGAGCUCACACUCAUGGAGAGGUGGAGUCAAGUAGAACCUAGAUCUGAUGCCAAAGUGCUUUCUCUGCUGCCACCUCUCACCACUCAUACCUCCUUUUUUCUAGCUUUGUUGUCCUCCCAGGAACCAAAAAUCCCCAGCUAUUUUCUGACUAAAGUGUGUUUCAUAACAAACCAUCUGGUGCCUUUCCACACAGAACUGGCACAAGCCUCUGUGCCCUGCUGGCUUUCUCACUGUCAAUUUCCAUGAAGAUGCAAGUGUUUGAAGUCUGCUAAAUCCAAGGGUGAAACAGAAUCAGACUCCGUAAGCAGCAUGCUGUUCUCUUUCCUGACGCGGCGGCCCAGUCAGGACAUCCCGGCAGCGAGCUGUCUAGCAUCCGUCUUCCCUUCCUUCUCGCUUAGCCCUUGGGCUCUGGCAUCCUGAAACCCAGCCAAGCCUGGAGCGUCUUCCCCAUCCCGAGGUGCCUCCCAGUGGCCCGGCCUGUCGGGGAGGUUUCUGUAUCCCCAGGAAACAUCGCAUUUCUUAGAAGCUGCAUCUUUAACAGUGUCUGUAUCAGAACAGGCCUGAGGGAGGGGCUCGAAGGGCCUCCCUCAGAAGGAAGGUGACUUCCUUUCCUUGCCACACCCGUGCCCCUGCAUCCCCCUUGGUAUCGGCCUCUGCAGUUGUCUGGGCAGCAGGGGUGGGACAGGACACAGCGUCCUCGGCACAAGGCACUGGAAGGCCUACUGUGUUGUGCUGGCCACACUUGGCCUUUGUCGGUCUCUUGUUGACAGCUGUCUGCUUCCCGCGUGUCAGCAGCCAAGUUUUGUGCUUUGCUUUGCGAUGCUGUAAAGGGAAGCAAUGAGGAAAAAUAAUAAUAAUAAAUGUUCUCUUUUUGAAA